GAAGACGGAAGUCCGCCUGUUGUUCGACCUGUUCAGAUUGGAUUAUAUUUCUCUGAGACAUUUCUAAAUCAGACCAGUGCCAUGGUUGCUGGCGUCACGAUCCGAAGGUACCAGGAUGAUGACAAGGAGUCCGUGAAGGAGAUCUUCACCCUGGGGAUGAGCGAGCACGUCCCCUCCUCCUUCAUGCACCUCCUCAAACAGCCCCUGACCCAGAUGACCCUGAUGGUCACGUUCUGCGCCCUGCUGGCCAGCUCCAAGUCCAUCCUGCUGCCUGUAGUAGCGGUCACUCUCCUCCUGGCCGGGGCCAAGCAGCUGGUGGGCUACCUCUUCAACAGCUACAUCGACACCUCCCUUAAGAAGGACCUCAACCACAUCCAGGAGACCUACCUGGAGAACAAGGACUCGUGUUUCUGGGUGGCUGAGAGCGACGGCCGGGUGGUGGCAACGGUGGCCUGCCUGCCCGCGGAGAGGGAACCAGGCUACAUGGAGCUGAAGAGGUUGUCUGUACGCCGGACACACCGGGGUAUGGGCAUCGCCAAGGCCCUCAGCAGGACAGUGGCAGACUUCAGCAGGGAGAGAGGCUUCCCUGCUGUCAUCCUCUACACGUCUGUAGUGCAGACUGAUGCACAGAGGCUGUAUGAGAACAUGGGCUACACACGGAUCAGAGAGUUCGUCAUCCCUGAGCCCAUCGCCAAAAUCACCAACUUUACUCUGAUAGAGUACAGACUGGACUUACUGCGGGGGGGGGAAUAGGAGGAGGACUGAAAGGACAGUAGGACGCAGACAGACAGACAGACAGACAGACAGACAGACAGACAGACACAUAUCUACAGUUCAUUCGGAAAGUAUUCAGACCCUUUACUCAGUACUUUGUUGAAGGGUCAAUAACGUAUAAGGUUUUAAAAAGGGAAACAUUUUGAAAAGGGAAAACUAUUUAAUUUCAAACACUAAUGUUCCCUUGAGUGUUACGUAUGCACGUUCAGGGUUUGUCGCAAAAAAUGGUUGUUAAUUUUCAUUUUUUUAUGCGAUUGUUAAAUUGACCUCCAAAAAAAAAGUGAUUUGGUGCGACCAUGAAUCAAAAAUAAAAAAAUGUUUUCGGACCAUUAUUUCAAGCAAAUAAGAGUAAAAUAUGAAUAUAUGCAUAUCUCAAAUAUUCAACAUUAAAGAAGUUAUAAGUUACAGUAUAAUAAAUAUCUUUCUUUUUCACUUUUCACUGGACGAACCUUUUUGAAUGACUCAACUACAACUUCUGUUAAAUAAAUGAAAACCAGUCUCUUAUAGAAAAAAAGUAACAUUAAAAACACUGGUUGUACCGAAUGAACAUUGCUGGUCGCACCGCAUGACUGUUUUGUUAUGGUGUAUUUUUUUUGGCAGAUUCUCCAUUUCCCUCUUAAUCAAACAUGCUUUACUAUUCAACAACGAUGCCUUCUAAUGCUUAAUAAAAUACCAAAAAUGUGACUCAAAUGAUUAUCACGCAGAAACAAUUAACUUCUAAAAACAGGAUUAAAAUGAUGCAUUAUGAUGAAUUUUUAAUACAAUGUUAAAAACAGUGUUAAGAAUCAUUGUAAUAAAUUAAUAGUAAAGUAAUUGAAAUACAAUAAUUAAACAUUAAAAUA